GAGCGUAAGCAAAAACGCGGGCUUUUAUUUUGAAAAGCAAAACCAUGUCCGGUUAGUAGAGGCACUCUUUGCUAAGGGCUGCCUUAAAUUUGGCGUCUUUUCUACUUUUUUUAAGGUUUUAUUUUUCCUUCACGUAGAAUGAAACCACAGAUUAACCUACAUACCACCACAAAAUAUAUCUAAGUGUUGACUUGUACUUUUUAGUGCUGUAGCUAGUGAGACUGCUGUUGUGGCAGGUAGCAGAACGCGCCAAAGAGCCAUGAGCUACCGGCCUGAGCGCUGAAGUAAUGCUAGCAGAGCAAAGUGAAUAAAACGUGGGAAUAAUGGAGGAAAACGACGAGAAUGUCCUUCACAAACCCGAAAAUACAGAAUCUGGAAACGAGCAAGAGGACAGUGCCUGCUCUAAUUCUGAACAAAAAGAUGACAAUUGUGGAGAAGUAGACCCUCUAUCUAAGGCAGCCCAUGGGGACUUUAGUGAUCCUGUAUAUAAGGAGAUUGCACUUGCAAAUGGUGCUAUCAACCGAAUGACCCGGGAUGAACUACGAGCCAAAUGUACUGAGCUGAAGCUUGACACAAGAGGUGUGAAAGAUGUUCUGAAGAAGCGACUUAAAAAUUACUACAAGAAGCAGAAACUGAAGCAGUCGGCAGCCGCUGGAGGGCCCGGUGACACAUACUAUGACUACAUCUGUGUGGUGGACUUUGAGGCUACCUGUGAAGAGAAUAAUCCAUCAGAUUUUCUUCAUGAAAUCAUUGAAUUCCCCAUGGUCCUGAUCGACACACACACCUUAGAGAUUGUAGAUUCUUUUCAGGAAUAUGUGAAACCAGCAUUGAACCCACAGCUUUCAGAUUUCUGUAUUGAGCUAACAGGCAUAACACAGGAAAUGGUAGAUGAGGCAGAUUCUUUUCCACGUGUUUUUCGCAGAGUGGUUACCUGGCUGCAGGAGAAAGAGCUUGGCACGAAGUACAAAUAUGCUCUACUAACAGACGGGUCUUGGGAUAUGAGUAAAUUCCUUUACACACAAUGCCGGUUAAGUCAAAUUCGGUACCCUCAGUUUGCCAGAAAGUGGAUCAACAUUAGAAAGUCCUAUGGAAACUAUUACAAGGUGGCCCGCAACCAGACAAAACUCAGCUGCAUGCUGGAGAAUCUUGGCAUGAAGUAUGAGGGCCGACCCCACUGUGGCCUUGAUGACUCACGCAACAUUGCGCGCAUUGCCAUCCGCAUGUUGAAGGAUGGUUGUCAACUGAGGGUCAACGAGCGCUUGCAUGAGGGUGAGCCACAGAGUGUGCCCAUUAGUGCACCUUUGGAAGGAGCCCCACCUCCUCAGAGGCCCAAAAGCAGAGACUAAAGACAUAUUUCCCAAUGGCCUUUGAUUCCCAAGGUCAGCGGUAAGCUGUGGAGAUCACAUCGUCAGGAAAGAACUGCUUUGUACACACUGGUGGUGCUGGGACCUUUUCCUUUUUCUAGUAAUUUCUUUAUUUUGAUCACAUAUUGCUCACUGUUUACCGAUAGAUUAUACUUAUGAAAGGGGUCUGAACAAACAACCUGUCUGUGUUUGUACUUCUGUUACAAACUGAUCCGACUUUGUCCAGAGCACACUGAGACAAGCUCCAGGCUUGUUUUUGAAAAUGUACUUUUGAUUUUUUUAGUAUGUGCUUUGUAAUCUAAAUCAUACAGGUGUUAUUUUCAUUGCCAGACAUACACAUUCAAAGGUCCUCUUUACUAACAAAAUUUGCAACAUCCUAAUUGCUCUGCUAUUUUGAAAGGUCCAUUACUUGCAUACCAAUAAAAAGUCAUUCCUGUUUUCAUUUCCAAUAUUUUAUUCUCAACCACAUAAAACCAGUUCUGGUUUUGUCUUCUUCCUUUUCUUUGCAUUACAGUUCAGGGUUUGCAGAAAAAAGGUAUUUUUUUCCAGUCAACAGA